UUAGAAACAAUAGAUGUGUUUGCCUCUCAAAUAAGCAGUCAGCUUGGCAGAUCGAUUAAUUCCACUUCAUUCGUCCUUUCAUCAAGAAAUAUUGGCAUCAGAGUUGACCGAGUUAACGCAAGCCAGAGGCUCGACGUCGAUUUCUCUCAAUAUGGGUCAUCCGUCUUGUUUCCUGGUUCAGUAUUCACCAAUAGUCCCACAAACGUAGCAGUAGUUGUUGCCUACAAAACAGUGCACAAAGUUCUCAGACUUGAAAGAGAGGCAUCAAGUAAUGAACAAGAAAAGAGGCCAGAUACCUCGAGUAUCGUUUCCGCUAAGAUCAUCCCUCGUCCAACGAGUCCACUGAGAACACCAUUCAAACUGGUUUUUGAUCACAGCAACAAGGACAAUGAUUUGAUGGGACAGUGCGUCUUCUGGGAGAUCGACCAGUCGCAGCGAAAGUGGCUAACACGUGGAUGCGUGCGCGUGGAUCGUGAGUCAAACGCGAGUUCGACCACGUGUGAAUGUGAUCACCUGACCAUUUUCUCGGUUUUGUUCAACAACAAACCGAUAGAUGGUGGUAACCACCAUCAACCUUACCUGAGGCAUAUUUCCACAAUAGGCUGCGCAUGCUCUCUGCUGUUUCUUCUGCUGACCUUUGCUGUCCUCAUUUUGUGCUGGAAACAAGUAAAAAGCAUCCGCACUAUAAUAUUACUGAACCUGUGCGUAGCUAUCGCUGCUUCUUGUCUCUUGAUCAUCCUUGCUGAACACGCUCGAAGGCCUAAGGCAUUAUGCACCAUCACGGCAACAUUUCUCCAUUACUUCCUAUUGUGUGUAUUUUCGUGGAUGUUGUGUCAUGGCGUCAUUCUGUACUUUCUCAUCAUAAAAGUGGAGACGCGAGAAACUCUUGUACCAAGGAUGAAAUGGCUCUACGCUUUCGGAUGGGGCUUCCCUCUACCAAUAGUCGCCAUUUCCCUAAUAGCCACUGGUACCAAACUUAACACAGCGAAUAACUGCUGGCUGACACCAGAGCAUGGGGUCAUUUACUGGGCGUUUGCCGCUCCAGUCGCGACAGUUAUAAUCAUCAAUUCAAUCUUGUUAAUAUUCUUGUUGCGCCAAAUAAACAGAGCUACAAAGUUCAAAACCAGCAUGUCACGUGCCAGGCCAUGCGCUAAGCGCGUGAAGGCUUGGUUACGACGAACUGCAAUGCUGCUGCCAGUCCUUGGAGUCACGUGGUUAUUCGGCUUUUUGACGUUCAUCACCUCUACAGCUGUGUUCCAUUACCUGUUCACCAUCUUAAACUCGCUUCAGGGAUUUUUCAUAUUCGUCACUUUUUGCAUUCUAGACGAUGCAGUUAGGGAAACGUUAGUUGGUAGGUUAAGUAAGUGGAACGCCAUAUCGCCUAAAGAACAGUCAGGAUUGAACUCCAGGAUUACUGUGCUCAAAAUCACUGCCACACGAAUUCAAUCAGUUCAGAGUGCAACCAUGACAGCCACAAAUCAACACGGAGGAACAUGUAACCUCGCCAACGAUGCCAGGGAAUCCAAAAUAUCAGAGCCAAAAUUGCAGACAUGGAUAGCAGCUGAUGUGUGAUAGAGUAUGAAAUGACUGUGUACGUGACAAAAAAAUUUAAAGGGGCUCUGCUAAUUAGGUUCUGUACUGCUUAAGUCUAUGGCGUUGCCCCGUCGUUUGAUCAGGAGAGCUACUGUAGUCAUAGAUCCUGAUCAUAGAAGAGAAAGAGCGAGAAUCUGUAACUCAAAAACAGUCAAGUGAUACUCCUUUUUAAAAAAAACCCUAUUUUUGAGAGCUUUGAGGGCACGAAUAAAUAUAAUUUUUAUCAAGGACACGCCUCAGGCUAAGAGUCAGUUGAGGACCUUUUCACCUUUUCUAGUUUUCUGUAACGAUAAACCUGCGAAAGACUUCAUGGAAGAAAACUACGCAUUGAAUUAAUGAAUUACUAGUUGACUAAGUGUAGGAGACGUGGUUAUCUGCACUAGCGCGCGGGACUCCGGGCCGAAAAUUGUGGAUUGUAUUUUAAACCAAGCACGUUCUGUUAUUGAAAUUUCCUAACAUGCCCCCUUGAUUAGUUCUUUAGCACGAAUAAACUUAUUUGCAAUCUUCCACAAUGUACAGUGUGUCUGUAGCCGAAUAUUGACGAUGCAUAAGUAACCAGUUUCAUUCUUC